GGCCAAUCACAGAGCAGCUGCUGUAGCUAUAUAAGGCAGUUGAUUGCGCGUUAUUGUUAUAUUUCUAUCGUUAAACGCCAAAGAAGAUAAACAAGAUGUCUGGUCGUGGUGGCGGAAAAGGCGGGAAGGCGAGAGCCAAGGCGAAGAGCCGCUCAUCUCGGGCCGGGCUUCAGUUCCCUGUCGGCCGUGUCCACAGGCUCCUGAGGAAGGGCAACUACGCUCAGCGGGUCGGUGCCGGAGCUCCGGUGUACCUGGCGGCGGUGCUGGAGUAUCUGACCGCUGAGAUCCUGGAGCUGGCUGGGAACGCUGCCCGCGACAACAAGAAGACCAGGAUCAUCCCCCGUCACCUGCAGCUGGCCGUCCGCAACGACGAGGAGCUCAACAAGCUGCUGGGCGGAGUCACCAUCGCUCAGGGCGGCGUGCUGCCCAACAUCCAGGCGGUGCUGCUGCCCAAGAAGACCGAGAAGCCUCCCAAGAAGUAAACACCCGGCUACAAACAAACAAACAAACAAACGGCUCUUUUCAGAGCCACACACACUGAACUAAAAACUCUGAUCCUGUCUGGUCUGUUAACAUAUAUAUUAAUAACUGUGUAAAAUUAAUAAGAAUGCACUUCCAUUUUGCAGAGACACAAUGAUGGCGGACAGGCUCCUCUCCAACACUUCGUGAACUCACUCACCCAAAAACCAGUUCAGUUAAUCAGUGUUGAUGGCAGCAGAGCCUGUCCACAGGGUGGACUAACACAAGGACAAAGUAAGGAAACAUCAUCCAAACCCUAACCCACUGGAAUUUCUCAACUGUGGGAUCAAUAAAGGUCUAUUUUAUGUUAUCUUACAUUUUUGACAAAUACAAAAAAGCAUUGUGUGAAUCGUCUAAACUUGACAGCACGCCACAGAAACCUGUCGCCGCUGACUAGUGUUUGAGGUGUAACUGCAGAGUGACACAGACACACAGAGGCUCUGCUGCACAGCUAGAAAUCCCACUUCAGGAGCACAGUUCAACACUUUUAAUUGGUUUACAUAUUAAACGCAUGCUGUCCAUACGAGUGAAUACAUGUUUAAAAAAAUGAACAUCAUUUUUUUUAAACAUGCCUGAAGAGGAAUAAAAACAUGUAAGAAAAUAAAUGGUGAGUGAGGAUGUAACAGCGGGUAAAGGGUUAAAUUUGU